CCUACUUUUGUGUUUAAUAACACAUAUUAUAUAUUAUUAAAUAUAAUGUUUAAUUGAAAGAGUUGUGAAUUGAAAGAUAGCUUCAUAUAAUUUGUUUGUUUUUAUUCGCAUAUCUAGAUAGACAUGAUCUCACGUAAGAAAAACAAUCUGUAAUCUAUGAUCUUAUCUUAAUACAACUUCCUAAUAAAUACUUGUUCUCUACAUAUAUUCUUCAUAGUCAUAUGUGACGUGAAUGCUUUCUUUAUUUAAAAAGUUGUAUUUCAUUUCAAGCUUUCUGGCUUUGUAAAGCUUUCUUUGUUCCAAUCUUUACAGUAGCAAAAAUACAAAACAACGAAACCUCGCUACUCAAGCAAAAAGUAAAAAUGCAAAAUCAGAUGAGUUUUGUGCCGCGGUCAAAUAAAAACAUAAUGUAUUGCUGGCUGCGACAAACGAAUUAGUAAAGAAAAGACAAUUUAAAAAAAAAAAACGUGAAAGUUCGAGUUCUAUAUUAACAAAAAAGGAAAAAAAAAACAAAAUUUUAACUACAAAAUUACGGGUCAAUAAAUCAUCAAACAACAACAAGAAAGAGAAGAAAAAAGAGUGUAUAUUAGAAAGGUGUAAAAUACAAAGUACAGAGAAAAGUGCCAAAAAAAGUCGGCAAAAAAAGGCAAGCAAUUAAGUCUUUUUCCCGAAUAAUUGUGCAAGAAAAAUUUCCAUUUUACUUUUUAAGGAAUUCAAUAAUAAAAGAUAUAUACGGCAACGGCUUCCGUUCGUUUUCGUAUUACAAAAAUAUCGAUUAAUCGCAUAUAGAUUUAUAAACACGUAAUGGCGCCGGCACUAAGUAGAUUGCGCGAAAAUCAAAAUGUUAUAAUCGGCCUAACUGGUGUUUCCGCGGCCUUAUGGAUUAUCGCUUAUGGCAAGUCGUCACAAAAACACAGCAAAUCGAUUUAUGAGAAUAAAAUUCAAUAUGCAAUUGCGGAGAAAAAGGACAAAAAGGCUCCAAAGGCUCAUGUGAACGCAGUUUUUUUUAAACAAUUGAGAAAACUAUUACCCAUUAUUGUGCCGAGAUUUUGGAGCGUUGAAAGCGGUUUGCUUGUUUUGGUUGCUCUGUCCCUGGUUGGUCGGUCUGCUUGUGAUAUAUUUAUGAUCCAAACUGCGACUGAGAUUGAAGGCUUUAUUAUUCACAAGAACAGGGACCUAUUCAAGCGAGGCUUAACAAGUUACAUGUUCACAUUGCCAUUGAUUUCUGUGAUCACUAAUAUAUUAAAGUGGAGUUUAGGCGAAUUGAAAUUACGUUUUCGUACGAAUUUAACUCAUCACCUAUACAACCAGUACCUGACAGGUUACACUUAUUACAAAAUGUCCAAUUUAGAUAAUCGAAUUGCAAAUGCUGAUCAAUUGCUUACCACGGAUAUUGACAAGUUUUGUGAGAGUGCAACCGAUUUGUAUACUAAUGUUAGCAAACCUCUCCUGGACAUAUUCAUUUACGUUUACCGUUUAACGAUGAAUUUAGGAGGCAGCACCCCAGGAUUUUUAAUGAUUUAUAUGAUUUUUGCCGGCAUUUUUUUAACACAUAUGCGUCGCCCGACGGGUCGCCUUACGGUAGAAGAACAAAAGCUUGAGGGUGAAUUUCGAUAUGUUAACAGUCGUCUUAUCACGAACUCGGAAGAGAUUGCCUUCUAUCAGGGUAAUUUUAGAGAGAAAUUAACUUUACUUGCCAGCUACGGAAAGUUACGUUCACAUUUACGUAAGUUCCUAGAAUUUCGCGUUAGCAUGGGAAUUAUCGAUAAUUUGAUCGGAAAAUAUUUUGCGUCAGUUGUGGGCUUUUACGCCGUUUCUGUACCGUUCUUCAAUGAAAAUCAUCCCAUGUUAUCUGGCGGGAAUAGCGGUAAACGUUUACAGAUUUAUUACACAUCUGGCAGAAUGUUAAUUAAACUAGCCGAAGCUGUUGGGCGUCUGGUAUUGGCUGGUCGUGAAAUGACACGCUUAGCUGGGUUUACAUCACGCAUGACUGAACUAAUCAAAGUCUUAGAUGAUCUCAAUAAGGGCACUUAUGAGCGCACCAUGUUGAAUAAUAUCAAAAAUUCGCAGAAAGAAUUCAGUCCCGGGCAAGGUGAAAUGAUAUUCCAAGACAAUAUCAUACGUUUUGAAAAGGUACCAUUGGUUACACCUAAUGGCGAUGUGCUAGUUAAGGAAUUAACAUUUGAAGUCAGAUCCGGUAUGAAUGUGUUGGUUUGUGGUCCAAAUGGCUGUGGUAAAUCCAGUUUAUUCCGCAUAUUGGGUGAAUUAUGGCCCACCUGGGGUGGAAAAGUAACGAAACCACAUCGCAGUAAAUUAUUUUAUAUACCACAGAGGCCUUAUAUGACUUUAGGUACAUUAAGAGAUCAGAUUAUUUACCCACACACCUAUGAAGACAUGCGUCUGCAUAAGAAAACCGAUGAGGAUUUAAUGCAAUUUCUGGAUUUAGUACAACUAACUUAUGUAGAGCAACGCGAAAAUGGUUUAGAUGCCGUCGAAGACUGGAUAGAUGUAUUGUCAGGCGGCGAAAAGCAAAGAAUCGCUAUGGCUCGUCUUUUCUAUCAUAAUCCACAGUUCGCCAUUCUGGACGAAUGCACGAGUGCGGUUUCUGUUGACGUUGAGGGCAAAAUGUAUAGCUAUUGCCGGGAGGCAGGCAUUACACUAUUUACCGUUUCACAUCGUAAGUCUUUGUGGAUUCAUCACGAUUACUAUUUACAGUUCGAUGGACGUGGUAAUUAUGAUUACGCACCCAUUGAUCAAAGCAAGGAUCAUUUUGGUUCGUAAGCUUCGUUUGCAUAUAAUCUCAUGUAUGUUACAUUAGGUACGCACGGUGUGUGUACAUCACGUGGCCAAAUAUUAUUUCUUUUUUUGUUUUCUAAGCAAUAAAAAUAUUUUUGUGGUUUCGUCUCUUAUUUAAGAUAAUUUGUAAUUAGUAUUUAUUUAUAUAUUAAUGUAAGCAACCUUCAAUUCCUUGCCCUGGCGUUACCCGAAUAAAUUUAAACUCUGGAUUACG